AAUCCACUGAAAACAUACCUAUCAUGGCGCCGGCAGACAAACCCAUUUUCUUUCACUAUGCUCAGUCCAUCUACUCUCAUCGAGUGCUAUGGUACCUAUGGCUUCGUGGGCUCGAGUAUGAUGAGUGUAUACAACCACCUGUCAUGCCGCGGCCGGAUCUGGAGGCCCUUGGUAUCAACUACAGGCGCAUACCUAUAAUGGCAAUAGGAAAAGAUGUGUACAUUGACUCACGUUUGAUCAUCUCGAAACUGGAAUCGAUAUAUCCGAAUAGCACCUUAUCAGCACCAACAGCCGGACAAGAAGGACAAAGGAGACUCCUGGAAAACUUUAGCGACAGUGGCCUCUUCAACAAUGCUGUAAAGCUUAUGCCCUACUGGUCUUCCAACAGCUUGGUGCAGAACAAGACUUUUCUCGAUGAUAGGCAGAAGUUGAUGGGUGGUCGGCGCAUGACAGCUGAGAAUAUGCAAGCCGGACGGCCAGAGGGACUGCAAAAUAUGCGCCAGGCCUUCGAAUUGAUUGAAGGCACCUUUCUAGCCGAUGGCAGGCAGUGGAUACUAGGCACUGAGGGGCCUACCGUUGCCGACAUCGACGCUGUAUGGCCAUUUGAAUGGCUGGUUGUGGAUCGAGGUAUGCAAGGAGCGCUGCCCGAGGAACAGUUUGGUGAGAAGAAGUUCCCCAAAACACAUGCAUGGAUCAAACGCUUCAUGAGCGAAGUCAAAGCCUCAAAAGACCGAGCCAACAAAGCUACGAAGCUCAAUGGUAACAAGAUGAACGCGCAGGUCUUGAAUUGCACAUCAUCAACCGAGCUUGUACCAUUCGACCACAACGACCCCUUGGGCCUCAAUCCCGGCGAUACAGUCACAGUCUAUCCCUCAGAUUAUGGUCAAGCGCACAAAGACCGUGGUAUCCUAGUUGGCCUCACAGUCUCCGAAGCCGUGAUCCGUAACAGCAAAGGUCUCCAUCUGCAUUUCCCCCGCUGGAACUUCCGCAUCGUCAAAGCCGCCGCCUCCGCCACGGCACCACCCAGUCGCACCAAAACGCACCCAAAGAUGCGCCUCAUAUACCACUCCUUCUCGCCAUACACCCGCAAAGUGCUCAUGCUCGCCCACGAACUCGGUCUCGCGCCGCACAUCACGCUCGAGAAAGUCGUCGUCGCGCCCAUCCCGAUCAAAGGCUGGAGCGACAACACCGACGACGUAGCGAAGUACAAUCCCCUGGGCAAGAUCCCGUGUCUUGUCACCGAGGACGUGCCGACGGGUAUCUUUGACUCGCGCGUCAUAUGCGAGUACCUGACCGAGCUGGCGGGCGUGAGACCGAGAAAAGACGCGAGGUAUUGGCAGAUGAGGGCGCUGCAUGCAUGUGCCGACGGAAUCAUGGAUGCAGCGGUGCUUGUCGCGUAUGAAGUGCGUAUACGGAAGGAGCGCGGGUUGUUCUUCAAGGAGUGGGCUGAGGGACAAAAGACGAAGAUUCUGCGAGGAUUGGAUCGCUUAGAAGACGCUGCGAGGGAGGGGGUACUGUCAGGUCCUGCGAAUGGGUCAGCAGCGUCGGUCGAUGAGGUGGCUGUGGCUGUUGCGGCGGCUAUGAUAGAACAUAUGCCCUUCCUUCGACUUGAGUGGCGAGAAGGACGACCGAAGCUGAAAGAGUGGAUGAGCAGGUGGGAGAAGAGAAAGAGUUUUGUUGCAACGCCGCCGACGAAGGAUUGGGUCGUUGACGGGACUCCGGAGAACUCUGCAAAAUUGUAGUGUCCAACAACGUACAUCCAUUCGUGGAAGUAUAGUACAACAACACUGAGAUACUCCACCAAUUACUUGAAAAGUGAGGUGGGUAAAUCAAUCAUUCAAGUAGUGAGUUGCAUUCUCCACUAGCAAACAUGCACCAUCGGCUUCCUCUUUAUCACGUCCCUUCGUUGCACUGUCUCACCCCCUCACAUCGCGCAUGUGUCAAAAAGUGGUUCCGUAUACCGGGCAAGAAUUGCUGAUACUAGCGCGAGUCGCUUGCAUCUGGUGUCGUGAUCAAGAUUGUCGGGGGACACUUGAAAUAUUCCGGAAUGAGACCACGGCGCGCGACCUCCACGCACAACCAAGGACGACCCUUAGCCCCGAGUUGCUCUACAACAUGGUCC